CAUUGAUUCCAUAGUGAACAAUCUCCUCUCCUCUUUGUCAGGGUUGCAGGGAGGCACUGGGAAGGAGAGAUUAAAAGAGGAGAGUCCACUGAUUCUGCUCGUUUCAAGGCAUUCCUCUGCGCUCUCUCCCUCUCUCUCUCUGCCCCCCCCCCCCCUCCCCCCCGGUAUGACCCUGUUCAAGAGUGAAUAUCACAGCCUAAGACAUAGGACCAUGACUGGGGAACUGAGGACAAGCCGACCAAAGGCAGGAACCAAGAGAGCCAGCAGUGAGGCCUACAGAUCUGACUAUGACUUGGAGUAUGACAGCUACCCAGAUGACCUCUACGGCAGGGUGAUUGACUACCAGCGUAUCUCAGCCUCCGUAAUGCCAGUCCCAGUGGAGCACAGCCCUAUGAAACACUCCCGUGAUCCCUCUUUCUCCUCCGGCCUGCACCGCUCCAGAGACAGACCACAGGACAAGAGGAGCGCACAGCGCACCGGCUCUUCCAGGGCCAAGUUGAAGAUGGCAGAGCUGCUGGCCAUAAAGCGGGAGUUGACUCAGAUCAAGGUGCAGAUUGACGGACUGCUCGACAGCGUGGACAAGAUGGACAGACAGAGGAAGGACCACUCAGAUUCCCCUCCUACCCAAGAGGGCAGUGUGUCGGACUCAGUGAGCAGUCUGGAAGAUUCCCCCGUCAGCCUCCUACACAGACAGAGGGAGAGCCCAGAGCCUGGGGAGGCCAGCGAUGAUGACCAACACCUCCAACACUACCAGCGCCACUGCAGGAUAAAUAACCAUCAAUCUGAUCUGGAGGAUGACAUGUGAGAUCAGACUCAAGGACCUCAGUGACAGCAGCACAGAGAUGGAGGGGGAUUGAAGUGAAAGGAGGCGCGAUCAUCUCUAAUCACAGUCAACAUGGACACAACCCUUAAAUUAAUAUACUGUUAAUUACAAAGUAGAGCUUGGGCGAUUAACCGGAAAUUAUCGACAACAACCAUACCGAUCACUUAUCGCAGGCAUUUUGCUGAUAUCGUUCAUUAUGAUAAGUAGCCUAUACUAGAGAAAUGUGUAGUUUGAAAUGAAAUAAGUUUGCUAAAAUGGGUGAUAGUUAAUGGGACAAUUGAUGGCUACAACCAUAAACUAGUAGUAGUAGUUUAAAGGAUAAUAAAAAAACUGGUGCACAUCAAUGUUAAAAACGUAUCAUUCUAUUUAUCGUAAUUGCAUCAAUUCAGGCAAUUUUUCGCGAUAUGGAUUUGGUCCAUAUCGCCCAGCUGUAUUCCAAAGUUGGAUCUUCAGUUAAUUGUUUUGUUUGAUGAAUAGGACAUAUCUCCCUGGUUACCCUCGGUUCCUUUAUCACAGUCAGAUUCUGCUCACCUUCGUGUCUCCAUCUCUCCUUUAAAACAGGUUCCUACUGACUUAUGGACUCAACAAAAUAUGGCAGCUUUAAAAAAAAGUGUAGUCUCUUGCAAAAGGGGACUGACAACCAGUGGUGGUUCUAGCUUGUAUGGCUCCCUGGGUUAACCCCCCCCCCCCCCCCC